AUGGGAGACUGGGGCUUUCUGUCGACCCUGCUGGAAAAAGUCCAGUCCCACUCCACGGUGAUCGGGAAGAUCUGGAUGAGCGUCCUGCUCCUGUUCCGGAUCAUGGUCCUGGGCGCCGGCGCGGAGAACGUGUGGGGGGACGAGCAGUCGGACUUCGUGUGCAACACCCAGCAGCCCGGUUGCGAGAACGUCUGCUACGACCACGCCUUCCCCAUCUCGCACAUCCGCUUCUGGGUGCUGCAGAUCAUCUUCGUCUCCACGCCGACGCUGGUCUACCUGGCCCACGCCAUGCACGUCAUCCACAAGGAGAACAAGCUCAGAGAACAAUUGGCGAGCCCCGGGGGACCCCGGAAGAACAAGCUGCCCAAGUACACGGACGACAAGGGGAAGGUGAAGAUCAAGGGGGACCUCCUGGGCAGCUACCUGGCCCAGUUGGUGGUGAAGAUCCUGAUCGAGGCGGCCUUCAUCGUGGGCCAGUACUACCUGUACGGCUUCGUGAUGGUGCCCAUGUUCCCCUGCUCGCGGAAGCCCUGCCCCUUCACCGUGGAGUGCUACAUGUCCCGGCCCACCGAGAAGACCGUCUUCAUCAUCUUCAUGCUGGUGGUGGCCUGCGUGUCCCUGGCGCUGACCGUGGCGGAGAUGCUCUACCUGAUCGCCUCCCGCCUCCGAUGCGGCUCCGGCCGACGACGCCGUCGCCACGGCAACGCCACAUCCGCCGAGAACCCCGCCGGCCUGCCGGGGCCCCAGUGGUCAUCGGACCGAGUUAAAGGAAUCAUGGGAGAGUGGGGUUUUCUGUCCUCGCUGCUGAAUAAGGUGCAGUCCCACUCCACCGUGGUGGGGAAGGUCUGGCUCAGCGUGCUCUUCGUCUUCAGGAUCAUGAUUAUUGGAGCUGGAGCUGAAAAGUCCAAGAUGGUGUGCAACACCAAGCAGCCCGGCUGUAAGAACGUCUGCUACGACCACGCCUUCCCCAUCUCCCACAUCCGCUUCUGGGUGCUGCAGAUCAUCUUCGUCUCCACGCCGACGCUCAUCUACCUGGGCCACGUCAUCCACGUCAUCCACAAGGAGAACAAGAUGAGGGAGCGCCUGCUCUCCAACUCCACGGGCACGGUGAAGAAAAACCCAAAGUACUCGGACGAGAAGGGCCACGUCACCAUCAAAGGCAACCUGCUGGGGAACUACAUGACCUCCAUCGUGUUCAGGAUCCUCCUGGAGGUGGGGUUCAUCGUGGGCCAGUACUACCUGUACGGAUUCGUCAUGGAGCCCCUGAUCGUGUGCUCCCGGAAGCCCUGCCCCUUCACGGUGGAGUGCUACAUGUCCCGGCCCACCGAGAAGACCAUCUUCAUCAUCUUCAUGCUGGUGAUGUCCUGCAUCUCCGUCCUGCUCAACGUGGUGGAGAUCUUCUACCUGGCGUGCUGCCGGUCGCGAAAGAGGAAGUCCAACACGGUGCCGGCGACCGCCCUCGCCGUGCACCCGCGGAUCACCGGCGACAGCCUGAAGAUCGGCCUCCACGACUCCAAUAUGGGCUGA